AUGGUUCAUUUUACCAAGAUUUUAGCAGUUACCUGUUUUGCUGCUACUUUUCAAUGUUCUAAUAAUGGAGUUCUUUCCAAGAGUUAUGAUAUGAAUAAGAAGAAUUUGAAUAAUGUAGGAUUCCGAAAUAACAGAAUUUUGUCUAGUAAGGAAAACCGUGAAGAACCAGGAACUAGUGGUACAACAUCAGGUGCUAAUGGUAACAAGGCUAAUAUUCCUGACCUUGAUAAUUUUAUAAAUCAGACAACAUCUUCAUGUGGUAAUUUGGGUAAUUUGUUAGCACCAUUACUUAAGGGUAUUAAGUCUAAUUUAUUUUCAAAAUAUGUUAAUGAAGAUGGUACAACUAAACCAAAUGCUCCUACAGCGCAGAGUUUAACCUCUAUAGUUAAAGGAGUUAUGCAUGAUAUUAAGCCACAGAUGGAAGCAUUAAAAGAAGGUAUAAAGAAAAAUAUUGAAGAAGAAGGUGAAGAAAGUAUUAAGAAAGAUUGUGAUGCUUUGAAAGAUGGAUUUAAGAAUAUUAUGAAAAGUUUUGGAGGUGAUUUUUCUAACACUGUACAAGGUGCAACAGGAAUACCGGGUAAAUUAUUCAAAGGGUUUUUAAAUGAAGAUGAAAGUAAAACUACAGAAAAUGCAGAUAUUAAGGAUGAAAUAGAUAUAUUAUUAGAAGAUGACAACACUGAUGAUGAUGAUGAUGAUGAUGGUGAUGAUGAUGAUGAUAAUAAUGAUGAUGAUGACGAUGAAAAAGAAAAAGAAAAAGAAAAGGAAAAUGAAAAGGGAAAGGGAAAGGGAAAAGGAAAGAAAAAGGAAAACAAAGAAACCUCAGAUGACAAUAAUAAAAAUGCUGGUACUUCUACAUUGAGAGGAAAAAAAAAAAAAUUUUAA